CUUUGUAAGCAGAUUUUAUCUGGACCAGGUCCUGCAUAAAAACAGAAUCCAAUCUCAUUUCCGUUGUCAUGUAACUCUUAUUUCCCCCCCUCAUCAUUGCUUUUCUAUUUCUUCUUCCUACGCAGUUCUCCUUUUUCAGCAGCAUAAUUUUAAACUACAUAGAAUUCAGAUAUGGCUUCUUUUAUUCUCGCAUCUGCUCUGGUACCUUGUCUCAACUAGAUCUCUGUUUAACAUCUGGUUUUGCCUGGGCUGACAGAUGUAUUCUUGGAGCUGUAAAUAUUGCGAAUCAGGGAUACAGAAAUCUUCUCGCCCCGUGAAUCUAAUCGAGGUUCUUUUCUAGUAUCUCGCUGAACAUCUGAAGUCUCCCUUUCUUCCGACAACCUCUGGAGCUGCUUUGGGCUAAGAGAAAGCGCUGUUUGGAUUCACUCUCUUGCCAUGUUCCCAUCUCACGUGGGGCUGGAUUUUUGGGUGGGCAGACAUUUGCAGAUGGUCCCAACCUGCUGCACCUUUUCCUGCUGGUGUCCAGCCCAGACAACCACAGGCUGGAUGCUACAUGGGACCUUUUCUUCACUGUGGGCUCUGACAAAGCUACUGGUUUACAUUUUAGCUGAAGAUGUGGUCUGUCAGGAUUUGAACUUUAUUUUCCAGCCAGGAAACCCUCCCCAAAGGCAGAUCAGUGCUGCGGCCAUGUUUCUCCAAGGACGUUGGGGAGAACACAACAGAAAUGGGGAGCCUGACCUGCGAAGCUGAGCAUCAAGCUGGGAAGAUGGUGCUGACGUCUCUCUUGAGGUGUGGGGUCUUCAGCCACCAACUGCAACUGGUUUCAGGAGGAGGUGGGGACAGCAGGUGGGAGCUUUCUAAGCCAGACAAAGGAGACCUGACAAACAACUGUGGUGAAGGGACAAGCCCAGGGCAAAGAAGUGUCCGGUCACCUCCUCUCCUGGAGCACAAGCUGGGAUCUGGAAAGACUGGAGACAUUUUGCAAGACUCAACACCUGGAGCAGUGCAAACCAGGACCAGGUGGGCAGCCCUGAUGUCGGUCAAGCUCUAUGUGCUCAUCAGCUGGCCUGAUGGCAGCCGGGUGAUCAACAUUGAGAACAUCAAGGAGCCACGCAAACCCUUCCACCUCUACACGGUGGGCGAGCAGGUGCUGGCCCGCUGCCCCGGCUUCAGUGGGCUCUACUGGGGGAUGCUGGAAGGCAUAAGUGAGCAUAAAGAUAUUUUAGAGAAGAAGCUGUUGGAAGACAGACAGCUCCUGGAGAAGUUGAAAGAAGAACCAGCUGUCCACAGCAUGAUGCCACCCCAGCCAAAAAAAUCCAGGAAAACCUUCCCAAAAUGGACCUCGGGGAAUGCAUCCAGAAAAUACCACGGCGAUAGGACAUAUGUUUCCAAGCCGCUGCUGCGGGCGGCCGAGGCCAGCCUGCCCCAUGAUGCUGGCAGCUCCUCCAUAGCCAAGGAGAGAUGUGCUCUGGGCAAUGUGGCAGGAGGCCCCUGCGCGCUGGUGGGGCCCCCCCACCCAGCCAGCACCUACACACCCCCGCCCGCAUUUGUCACCAUGGCCGUGCCAGGGACUUCCCAGGGUGAAGAGGACAGGGCUGGUCCACCUACCAGAGAUUACGUUGCCCUGGCAAUGAAGAGGAAGUCAGAUGGCAUCUUGUCCCCGUGCCAGCAACACAUCUGUCUGAACAGCUGUGAAGAACAAAAACUCGAUGUUUUGCAAGAGAUGGAUGACUUUGAGAGGGUUCAAAAAAAUUUUGGUCCCGGUGAAAUGGAAAGGGUGGAGAAGAUGGAGCAGCUGGAGAGGAUGGUGGUGGACCUCCAACAGGAUGUCCUUUCUCUGAAGAAGAAGGUGCAGAGGCUGGAAUCCUUGUCCUUCCAGGAGGAGCCCCACAGGCAGCCAUGUGAGGUGGUGGAGCUCUUCAAUGGCUACACCAAGGAACAGCUCAAAGAAACCAUCCGGUUUGACCAGAAAAUCAGCACUGCCUGCAAGACGCUGCUCUACAAGCUCUUCACAUCCGACUACAUCCAGAGCCACUCCAUCACGGGCCGGAGGGGCAAUACUUUCCGAGAGGCGAAGCCCAUGAUGGAUGAACGUUGCAUCAAAAUAAUUCGGGUGCUGUUGAAACAGAAGUUCGGGGAUCAUCUCAGUGACACAGUGAUCACGGAGAAGAUACAGAAUGUGCAGAAAGCCCUGAGGCAGAAGUUUAAGACAGAAUGUCUCUAAUAUGUGGGGGAGUGGGUGUCUCUUCCUACCAUGCCUAUCGGUGUACCCAGGCAACCCUCCCAGAAAAGACAAGUCAGAUCUGCUGCUGCUCAGCUGAUUCUUCCCAAGAAACCAACCCGACUGAACAAUGUGCUAAACACAACACAAACCUUCACUGCCAAACCUCUGUCUGCAUUAACUGAGUUGGAAGGUUGCCCAGCCUGGCUGGUUUUGCACAUUUGCAUGCAAACCUCACUGCAGGGUGCAUGGAAUGAUCUCUGGGACUUUUUGAUGGGCACGCUCAAAAGCCUGAGGGUUCCCUUUGGGUCCAGGUAUGGGUCAGUAGCUCAGCUUUGUUCCAGCUUGCAGGGUGUUAGGGAGAAGGAGCAGCUCUGUGGUGGGGUCUCCAGCGCAGAUGGACUUUGUGUCACCCAACACGGCUUCUCUCUGCAUGUCUGUGUUUGCCCCCUUCUGCCUGUGGGGCAAUAUCUGUUCUCUUUGCUUCCCCUGAAUGUGUUUUACAAUAUUCUGCAGUAACAGAAAGGUAGACUCAUUAAAACAACACCAUAAAACAUUCUGAGAAAA